UUUUCUCCCUACCAUCAAGAAAUCCAAUAUAUGUUAAAUAUAAACAUCUUAUUAUUAUAAAAAAAAGUUUAACUUCAUGGACCCCUUGAAAGGUCUCUCCCCAAAUCCCCAGAGAUCCUUUAUAUACUUUGAGGAAUCAAAACUCUCUUAGAUGAGAAAAGUCAGGUCAAUGUUAUCUGUUUAACAGUUUUAGAGGUCGUCUAAGGCAUUUAAGAUGUCAAGUGACUUACCCACAGAUAAUAGCCAGCCUGUAACAGAGAUUGAAUUGAAACCAAGAUUUAUUGUUUUUCAAGGACAGAUCUCUAUCAUGCUAUUUCUCUUUCAAUCAGAAAAUGAGAUGAAGUGAAUUUAAUAAUAAAUACAAUUAAGUUAGGGGAAAAAAAACUUUAAAAUUAGAUUCUGUAAUUGCAUUUAUUUGAUUGAAAAAUUGUCUAAACUUGAAACAAAUUAUAGGAAAGACAGACUAGCUACUGUGAAUCAAAAUUAUAAUAUUAUGUUUUAAUUCUAAAUUUACUUACUUUGCUUAAUGGUUUAGAUUUGCAAUUUACAACUUGCCCAGAUGUUGAUUCACUGAGUUUGGUAAGUUGGAUAGUAUGCUCUUGGUUUAUCUAGUUGCUUGGAGUAAUAUUUGUUCUUCUUCUCCCAAACUCCUUUCCUCAACCUUAUCCCUCAAAUCUCAUAAUUUUGCCCCAAUUCUGAGUUUUAAAGUAUUUGUUUUGUUUCAUAGGUUGCCAUGAUCAAUGAAUUGCCAAUUUAUUAUAUAUUUGUAAAUAUAUAAAUACAUAUAUGCAUACAUACAUCUAUUUAUCUAUGUACCUUUAUCUAUCUCUUUAUUUUGGUAGGUCAUCAACAGACCGGAUUGCUUGGGAUAGACUUGAAAACCUUUCUGUUUUGGGAGAAACUGACUCUACUUCAUACUUCAUACUUCCCUCUUGGUGAGGGAUUGGAGAAAAACUUUUGUGCUUUUAUUACAUGUAAAUUAGAAAAAUGAAUAAGUUACUAAAGAAAAAUAUAAUUAUUUCUCAGAGGAAAUCGACAGGAUGAAAGAAAAGCUGUUAGGAAACAAAGCAAAACAAAACAAAACACCUGUUUGGUAAUGGCUAGGAUGUGAAGUCAGAGGAGGAAGGAAACCAUAAUUGGCACCAAGAUUCUAUCAAACAGAUAGGGGAUUUACUAAUACUACGAAUUGCUAAGUUUUAAUAAAUAAUAUAAUAAAACAGUAAUGAAAAAAAAACUUUUAAAGUGUAUCAAGCGACUUUUUUCAUUUGUUUUAUUUUUUAAAUUGCGAUAUUCCUAGGAUCCCUAAUUCACUAAGAAUUAAGGUAAGAAUGAAAAGAUGGAUAUAAAAAGUUUAGUCUAUGUUAGGAGGAAGCUUGGACAUUUUCUCUUUAAACAAAAAAGCAAAUUACCUAAAACUAUUUAAGGUUUUAUUUUCAAGCUAAUGAGUAACUGGUCUAAAGUUGAAUGGCUGCAAUUAAAAAUUCUUACUUUUUUAAAACAUAUGUGUAGAUCUCAAAAGAAUUCCUGAGGAAAGGAAAUUUGUUCUUUUUUUUCCUUUCUCCUUUGUGGCUUAAAGGAGCCACAUAGCUGAAAGGAUUUUAUUCAUUUUUUCCAAAACACUUCAUAUCUGAGUGGAAGCCAAAACUGGAAAGUUGGGGGGGGGGCGGGAAACCCUAAACUAAAAAACAUGCUAUUUGGGAAAAGUAUCAUGAUCCUCUUAACGGGACUACUCCAGGCAGUUUAAAUGCAUUUCCUCAUUCCUUUAUUGGUUAGCUGGAGGUCCUGAAGCAAGCCCUGAAGCAUCAAUCCGUCCUUCUCCCCAGCUGCCCUCUGGUUUCCUCAGCUUUAGUCAAGAUCUCAGGCCCAUCAAUUUUCCCCAAUGUAAGGCUCCGAAGUCAAGAAUCUUCCUUGGUGCCCACGGGGCUUCCAUAGUUAAGGCUACAAUCUGCAAGAAUGUCAGGCGAGAGCUGGGGGGCUUAUAUAUCAUUAAGGAAUCUAGGGGCACGCGAGAACUAUCAGAAGACCCAAGACCCAGGCCCUCCUCCUCUUCCUACGUCAGUUUAAUUCUUCAUCCCCCUCUCCACCUGCCCCCCCUCGAGCACGGAUACUGAGAGAAAUUUGACUGUUCCAUCCACCAAUUAGAAGAGAAGUCUGUCCUGUGAGCCAAUAAGAAUUGGCGUGGCGGGCGGGUCGUCUCUCGCUUCCCGCCUCGGGGUGGGCGAGAGCGGAAUGUCUCUGGCCCUCCCCUCAGCUCCGGGCCUCAGUGCAGAGCCCUCGGCGGCCGGAGAAACAGCGGCACCACCAGCAGCGGUCGCAGCAGCCCUCAUCCAGGCUAGGAUCCCCGCCACGCCGCCUCCCUCUUUUCAUUCUCCACCCCAGCUCCGGAGCCCAUAAAAACCUUCGUCACUUCUUAAGAUCGACAAUCUCUCUGAGGAACCGCUGACCCGCUGCAUCCUUCCUCCUCUAGUCCGCCCCGUGAGAAGCCCCGCUAGGAGUGGAUAGCGUGGGGGUGAGCGAAACUUAACAGCCGGCAUGAUGCGGCUCCGAGGCUCUGCGAUGCUGCGGGAGCUGCUGCUGCUGCAUCCGCCCGCCGCCGGGGCGGCCCUGAGACGGGGACAGCCUCUCACCACCUUAUGCCGGCGCCCCCGAGAGGGGGGCCGAGCUGCUGCCGCUGCCAGAGAACUAUUCCCCUGGCGGGGUGCAGGCACCCGCCAGCCCGAUGUACCCCUGGCCCGAGGGCUGACGAGCUCCCACUCGGAAAUUCUGCAGGAGCUGGGCAAGGGGAGCUCCCAGUCCCAGACAGCGCAAAUGCAGCCGCCUACGUCGACCCCCCCUAAGGACGGCCCGGGCGAGGGCAACGCCUAUGGCAACAGCGAAGGGAAGGAGAUGGCUGGGGGAGAAAAUAAGAUCAAACAGGGUCUUCUACCUAGCUUGGAGGAUUUGCUGUUCUAUACCAUUGCAGAAGGGCAAGAAAAAAUACCAGUUCAUAAAUUCAUUACUGCACUGAAAUCUACAGGAUUGCGAACUUCUGAUCCCAGGUUGAAAGAGUGUAUGGAUAUGUUGAGAUUAACUCUUCAGACAACAUCAGAUGGUGUCAUGCUAGACAAAGAUCUUUUUAAAAAAUGUGUUCAAAGCAACAUUGUGCUACUUACACAGGCCUUUAGGAGAAAGUUUGUCAUUCCAGACUUUAUGUCAUUUACCUCCCACAUUGAUGAAUUGUAUGAAAGUGCUAAAAAACAGUCUGGAGGAAAGGUUGCUGAUUACAUCCCUCAACUGGCCAAGUUCAGUCCAGAUUUAUGGGGAGUGUCAGUGUGUACAGUGGAUGGACAGAGGCAUUCUAUUGGAGAUACCAAAGUCCCCUUUUGUCUUCAGUCCUGUGUAAAGCCCUUGAAAUAUGCCAUUGCUGUAAAUGACCUUGGAACAGAAUAUGUACAUCGAUAUGUUGGAAAAGAGCCCAGUGGAUUAAGAUUCAACAAACUCUUCCUGAAUGAAGAUGAUAGGCCUCAUAAUCCUAUGGUGAAUGCUGGAGCAAUUGUUGUAACUUCAUUAAUAAAGCAAGGAGUAAAUAAUGCUGAAAAAUUUGACUAUGUGAUGCAGUUUUUGAAUAAGAUGGCUGGUAAUGAAUAUGUUGGAUUCAGUAAUGCCACAUUUCAAUCUGAACGGGAAAGUGGAGAUCGGAAUUUUGCAAUAGGAUAUUACUUAAAGGAGAAAAAGUGUUUUCCAGAAGGCACAGACAUGGUUGGGAUAUUAGACUUCUACUUCCAGUUGUGUUCCAUUGAAGUGACUUGUGAAUCAGCCAGUGUGAUGGCUUCUACAUUAGCUAAUGGUGGUUUCUGUCCAAUCACUGGUGAAAGAGUACUGAGCCCAGAAGCAGUUCGAAAUACACUAAGUCUGAUGCAUUCUUGUGGCAUGUAUGACUUCUCAGGUCAAUUUGCUUUUCAUGUUGGUCUCCCUGCAAAAUCUGGAGUUGCUGGGGGCAUUCUUUUAGUUGUUCCUAAUGUUAUGGGAAUGAUGUGCUGGUCUCCUCCAUUAGAUAAGAUGGGCAACAGUGUUAAGGGAAUUCACUUCUGUCAUGAUCUUGUUUCUUUGUGCAAUUUCCAUAACUAUGAUAAUUUGAGACACUUUGCAAAAAAACUUGAUCCUCGAAGAGAAGGUGGUGAUCAGAGGCAUGCCUUUGGACCCUUGGAUUAUGAAAGUCUCCAACAAGAACUUGCUCUAAAAGAUACAGUAUGGAAAAAAGUGUCACCUGAGGCAAAUGAGGACAUCUCCACAACUGUAGUGUAUAGAAUGGAAAGUCUGGGAGAGAAAAGCUAAACGAAAUGGGAUUUCUAGUGUCAGAAUUUUCUUUAUUGAAGCUCAUAAUGUCUUUUGUUUUAUGCAUACUCUUAUUAUUUAUUUGUUUUUUUCCCUCAACUUUUGAGGCAAUUUGUGGACUUGUCACUUGUGUAAAAUUAUCAGAAAUCAAAAAGUAGGUUCAUUGUCCUUUUAAAGGCUGCAAAAUAGGCAUUAAAGGAAAUUUACUUUAAAGAAAACUAUAGAAAGGAAAUACAUCAUUUGGUUUAAAAAUUUCCUCUAAAAGUAUUUUGUUAACAGUAUUAAAGAUACAUUGUCAUAUUGGAAAAAUAGAAAUUAUUAAUUUCAAAUCUCUUAUUAAACCUUUAUUUUUCAGUUCUAUAAACUGACUGACAUGGUGUCUAUAUUAUCACUUUCUAAGCCAAAUGCAAUGGACAAAAUGUAAUUGUCACUAUUAAAAAGUUAAAGUGAUAGUCAGAUUUAUUUCAAUAUUAAUCAUUGACACCAUACCAGAAUAGUUCCAAAAUACAAAGUAAUUUCAAGUUAAGUUCAGAAAUAUUUUGUAGCACUUUUUAGUAUUUUUUUUUUAUUACUUUAAAUAUUAGCAAUUUUUUGAGGUCUGGUAGUGAAUAUAUUAAGUACCUAUUCUUUGUAACUCCAGUGUUGUAGUAAAUGAUGAAAUUUCAGUGGGUGAGGAAUAACUUGUAUUACUCCUAAAUAUUCCAGCCAAAAUAACUUAAGGAAUAAAAUUAAUGCUCAAGUUGCUAGUAAACUAGAAGAAACAAAAGCAAGAGAAAUUGUUUCUGAUUAUUGGCAAUUUUCAUUUUCCAACUUAAUUUUUUCUAGGGGAUAAUUACAUAAAAAGAAUUUCUUUUUCUUUAAUUUUUCAUGAAGGUUACCUCCCCACUUCUCCUCACAUACAAUAAGAUUGGAAUACAUCUGUUAACUUUAAAAGAGGUUUUAUUUGAACUGUUUAAGUGUAGCGACAUAGGAAUGGACUGAAGAACUUGUUGGAAUUUAAUACAUCAAGACAUUUACUUUUAUAUUCUAAGUCCUUGAGGUUAGAUUUCUAGUAACUUAAAGUGUGUAUUGAGAAUAAUGUGUCCAGUUGAUUACUUUGUAUUCUUUUUAAAAACUGGCAUCUAUGUUAACUCAAAACUUUUGACAAAUGAUAUUUUGAAAUUCGACAGAACACAAUUCUUCCUUCAAUUUUACCUGCUCACUUCACCAAAGUUCCAUCAUAAGCUAGUUCCUUAUUCUUGUCUAAAGCUAUAAUCAUUUCCUUUGAGAGGGGUAGAGCAUGUAGACUUUGUAAUUGUAGAUUAUACAUGUCAAGGUAAAGAUUACUAAAGGAUAAUAAGACAUAAAAGAAAAGUUAGUUGUUUUGAUUGUAAUGACUAGCCAAAAUGAAGAGAUGUUGUUAAGGACAAGACAGUGUGGCAGUACCAGGUCAACCUUGAAGCCAAGAAGACUUUGGUUUGAUAUCUACCCCAAAUGCAUACUGGCUUUUUGACCUUAUUAAGCAAGUCAUUUAACCCUCAGUUCUAAGUUAUUUUUUUCUGAGUCAUAUCGUUACUUAAAAUCAUGUCAUACAUUUAAUUUUUAAAGUAAGGUGGCUCUUUUGAAGAGCAUUUUCACUAUUGUAACCUUAAACCUGAUUCAGACUCAUAUAAUAAUCCUCAUAUAACUUGCCAUUGAAAGUUUGACCAGGUUGAAUGCCCAAAGCAGUCAAUAUGAAGAAGGGUUCUCUUCUCUUAAUGCUCCAAUUCAAAUCCUUCUACUAUUCAUUUUGUCAUAGGUUUUAUUUUUUUAGAGUUGACAUUUAAUAAAGUUUAAUUUUGUUACUAAAACUGGAAAUAAUUAUGAAAAUAUUAUAAAAAGGAAAUGUAUUUUCGUGCAUUGGUAUAUAUUUAUAAUCAAAUUGUUUAUUUGUAGAAUUUUUCCUGUCUUUGUAAAACUUAAAUUUUCAUUUAGAAGUAGAAUAACCACAAGUUUACUCCAAUAAGUUUAUAGAACAAGAGCUAAAAGUAAUUAAGAAAAUAUUCCCUCAAUAAAGAAAAAAGCAAUUGAAAUGAGAGGAAAGAUAGUUUAUGAAUAGGACCCAAAACAUUUAUAUUUAAAAUAAAAUAAAACAAAACCACAACAUUUUGCUAAGAGCUUAAAGGCUUUAUCUUGCAUUAUUCAGUAUUACCUAAUACUUUUUUUCCCCAAGAUAAUCCUUUAAGAAUGCCUAUGAUUGUUGGGUUUCAUUUGUUUCAUACAGUUACUGAUUCUUGAUAUUCAAGCAUUUUAGGCGUUAGAAUAUGUUUUUUUCUUUGUUGGCAUCAUUGACAUUUCAUUUGAAAUGUACGUUUCUUUAAAUAUUUUGUUUUUCAGCAUAAAUGUUGUGCAUUUUGCUUGAGUAUUUAGAUUUAAAACAUUUGUCUUAUAGCCUCUUCUUUCAUUGCUUUGUAUAUUUAAUGUACCUUUUGUUUCCAGCAUGCAUAUUUUUGUAUUGUUUAAUAAAUUUAUUUUAAGCUGAUUUUAUUGUUUUGAAAGUGUUUUUGGUGAAAACAACUCCAACUAUUUAUACAAAUCAUGUUGGAGAUUUUUAAUUUAGAAAAAAUUUAACUGCUAUAAAAAUACCAUCAAACGUGUUAAAUAUUUUUACUUAUAAGACUGGUUAUGAAGAAAAACUGGAAAUACUUAAAGGUGCAUCAGUUGCUUUUUUUCCUUUUUAACUGUGCAGUGGGGUAUGGGGAAUGGUUUGUUUGUUUUUGGUUUGUUUCAUUUUGUUUUGUUUUGUUUUUUUUAUUGUUUGUACCAGAAGCAUUUAAAUAAAGAUUUUUUCUUUGA